CAGAUAGCGCAAUGAAGAGCAGCGUCGACCCGUCACCAUGUGCAUCGGGCUUGCGAGGACUGCCUGUCCGCUGCGACUUAUUGCCCUCUGCAUCCUUCUUUCCCACGCAGCAGCAUAUUUCGGGCUUACAGGUCGCGAACCACUGGUCUUUCUGCCGGGUCCAUUUUCCAAUGAGCCUUCGAACGGUAAAGCGCACCUGAAACAAUGCGAGCAGAUGUCUUUGACGCGCCGGCAAAAGCGCCUGUGUCGGCGGGAACCGGGGAUGGCGGAGACUCUGAGGGAAUCUGUCCGCCUCAGCCUCCUGGAAUGCCGCUAUCAAUUCCGCAACGAGCGCUGGAACUGUAGUAUGGAUGGCCGUGGAAGCCUUUUAAAACGAGGUUUUAAAGAGACGGCCUUUCUGCUCGCGGUGUCAUCAGCAGCUCUGUCUCACGCGCUGGCCAAAGCGUGCAGCUCAGGGCGCAUGGAGCGCUGCACCUGCGAUGAUUCUCCGGGUCUGCAGCACCGAGAGGCCUGGCAGUGGGGCAUUUGCGGGGACAAUCUGAAAUACAGCACUAAGUUUCUCAAGAAGUUUCUGGGGCAAAAACGGGUCAGCAAGGACCUGCGUGCCCAGAUCGAUGCUCAUAACAUUAACGUCGGUAUUCGGGCGGUGAAGAGUGGACUUAAGACUACUUGUAAGUGUCAUGGUGUCUCUGGCUCCUGUGCUGUGAGGACAUGCUGGAAGCAGCUUUCCCCUUUUCACGACACUGGCCAUCUGCUAAAAUAUCGUUACGAUACCGGUGUUCAUGUGCACAGUGUCACCAACGCCGCUACGGGGGAGACUGAACUGGCAGGGCCCCAUCGUCAUAGCAACACUGGUCCCCGGCCACGACCUACCGAACUGGUUUUUCUGGAGGAGUCGCCCAGCUUCUGUAGGCCAUCACGCUACUCGCCCGGUACAGCCGGCAGACCGUGCUCUAAGGACACAAGCUGCAGCAGCCUGUGCUGUGGACGGGGCUACAACACAGCCCUGCACCUCACAACACUCUCCUGCAACUGCCAAGUCCGCUGGUGCUGUCACGUAGAGUGCCAAACCUGCCUUAGAGAGGAGGAGGUCUAUACCUGCAAGAAACAUUGAGAGACCGAGCAAGAAAUUGAAGGAGACAAAGAGAAAGGGGUGGAAGUGAAAAGUGUGUAGGGUAUUUCUUGCAUUGAAUGGAAAAGUCGACUAGUAGAAUUUAAUGAGAGGAGAAAUGCACAAGAUGUAUUUCGGAGGAAAAGGCUUGAAGGCUGUCAUCCACCUAAUGCAGAGGGAGAAGAUGUUGAUGAUCAUAAGAGAGAAUAUCUACCAGUCUCACCUAAUUCAAAAUGGCUUCGAUGAGAUGGCUAAAUGCUGACCGUCAAACUCUGGGCUCUCAGACAAGUGUUGGCGAACCUGUAAAUGGGCCUGAGAGCAUACCUGAGAUGCUUGACUAGAUGAAAAUUGCUCAUCUUUUGUCAUGGAAUCUAAACAGGACAUAAAGUAAAUUCCAUAUGUUUCCAUGCUUCUUCGAACUGAGAGCUCAUCUCACAAGAUGAGGAACUUGCCAGUUUGACUUCUGCUGAAAUGCAGUGUUAAGCCAAUGGCCAUCAAAGAACCCCAUAGGCAUGGUUACCUUUUGAACUGUUUGUGGUGAAUACACACUUUAUUGCAAUGGACUUGAGAUCUGCAAUAUUCAGUAAUACUCAAGUUAAUACUCUAGCAGUGAGAUGGUGGUCUGCCCACUUACUUUUCUGACUGCAUGUCUGACUGUUUGUCUCUUUAUCUGCCUAAGCUGUAUAUCUCUCUAUUGCUCUGAGAGUCCAAUUAUGGCUUCAAAAUUAUACUGAGAGUAUGAAACACUUACAAUUUGUUCUUUUUUAUGUUAUGGUAGUCUUUUAUUUGUGAGGAAGUAAGUAUUUUAAAGUUAUUGUGCUUAAAGGAAUAGUUCACCCCAAAAUGAAACAUCUCUCAUCAUUUACUCACCCUCAUGCCAUCUCAGAUGUGUAUGACUUUUUUCUUCUGCUAAACACAAACAACGAUUUUUAGAAGAAUAUCUCAGCUCUGUAGGUCCACACAAUGCAAGUGAAUAGUGACCACAAUAUUUAAGGUCACAAAAAGCACAUAAAGGUCCAGGUCUUUAUAAGCAAUUUGAUAGGUAUGGGUGAGAAACAGAUCAGUAUUUAAAGGUGCUGUAUGCAAUUUCACCCGUUCUACUUCCAUGAGACUGAGCUGUUGAAUUAGCCACACCCCCUCUUUCCAAAACCCUGAACUCCUACUAUACCAAAAUGAGCUUUAUUGAGAGCAGAAACAGUUGUUGAAAACAAAAGUAGUAAAAUAGCACCCACAACUGACAACUGUUAUGAAAAACAUCGCAAAAAAAUGUUAUGCCUCAAUAAUUCGCUGCAACUACAAUACUAUGAGAAUGCACAAAAUGAUUGUCAGGAAGAAAGUGUCAUUGUCUGCAGAUCGCAGACACAUUUCUGUUUGCUGUUAACAGAGUCUAGAGUUGUCACAGAGACCAGUGAGAUAUCUCAGGGCACUUAUUUCAUUAAUAUUUUUAGGAUAAAUUUUUGUAUACCUUUCCAUGAAAAAAAUCACUUACAGCAUCUUUAAGUCCUUUUUUAUGAUCAAUCCCCCAGUUUCACUUUCACAUUCUUCUUCUUUUGUUUUUUUGCGGUUUGCAUUCUUUGUGCAUAUUGCCACCCACUGGUCAGGAAGGAGAAUUUAUAUAAAAAAGUCUUUUUUUUUCACUCACAUUUAUCAUAUCGCUUCAGAAGACAUGGAUUAAACCACUGGAAUCUUAAGGAUUACUUUUUCAUUUUUGGGUGAACUAUCCCUUUAACAAAGAUAUAUAACAAAAGGGGGAAGGGGGUUUUGCUAAUAAACUGGAAAUCUACUGGGAAACAGUCUGCUUUCAUAGACUUUUAAUGAAUGUUAAAACAUUUUUUUAAAUAAUCAAAAAGGUUAUGUUUUAUAUUUUGAAAUGUCAUUUAAUGGCUGCAUUUGAUAAUAGGAAUGUAUUUAUUGCAAUAAGACAAAACUGAUCAACUGUUGCACCAAUUACAAGUACACUUACUGGUAUUCCAGACUGCAUUCUUAAAAGAAGAGUUUUUUAGUUUAAUCUAAACUAAAUAUUGCUGCGUUAAAUGCCACUUUCCCAAGUGUAUAUAUAUAUAUAUAUGUAAAAAAGCACAAGUAUUAGGGAAUGACAAGAACAAAGUGUAUCAUUACACUGUGACCCAAACGUAACCUCUCCCUACCCCUUUGUAUAGUGUGUGCAAACAUCUGGCCAUCUGCGUGUGUAUUCUUUAUACUUUACUUUCCCAUUAAGGGCAAUGAGAGUGAGUGGGUCUCAUCCAGAACAAAGGAAAACAUCUCUUUCCCUAGUCAGCCAACCUCUCAGCCCUAUAAAUUGAGGCUCAUCAUAAGCCCUUUCAUGUGUGUGAAGCCUUUGAUAAAAUCCAUUCCAGUGCCUUAUUUAGCUCAUUACCAAUCAGAGUAAAUAACAGUGCUUUUUCCCUAGAAUGUGUCAGAGUUCAAAGUUCGCAUGCUUUGUAAUGGAGAUUUUUAUUUUAUUUUCAUUUUUGUCUUUAUUAUUAUUAUUAUUCAGUUACAAAAUCAUGUUUCAACACAAAUCACAAAGAAUGACAUUUGUUAUCCAAUUUUGAUUCAAAAAAUUAAAAAACAAGCUGUGUUGGUGUACUGCAUGUAAAGGCACAUUUCAAGAAUUACGUAUAUUUGAUGUUAACAUAAGCAUUUCUUCACGUAGAGUUAGAUCCAAAUUGAAAGUAUGAGCAUGUGAAAGUGCUUGUUUAACCUGUGUGUGUGUGUGUGUGUGUGUUGUGUGUGUGUGUGUGUGUGUGUGUGCACGCACGUGUGGGCGGGUUUGGGUGGUUUACUAGGACAUUUUUUUAGGUUACAAACUGGGGUUAGGGCUAGGGGAUAGAAUCUAUAGUUUGUACAGUAUAAAAAUCAAUAUGUCUAUGGAGAGUCCUCAUAAGUAUAGCCGCACCAACAUGUGUAUGUGUGUCGUGUGUGUGUGUGUGUGUGUGUGUGUGUGUGUGCUAUUUCUGGGAAGGGUGAAAACUGCUGUAAAAUUGGCAGCAUCGAUCAAGAGAAAGAAAGUCCAAGAAUUCAGUGGCAUGCCAUUCAGUUGAAACAUUUGCAAUGUUUAAAAACAUUUGGUGCAACAGGGUUUUGCUGUGUCUAGUUGAAAUUCAUAUGCAAAAGUGUGAGAGCUUUCCCCUAAUCUAUUCAGUUUCUAUUAAAUAAAAAGACUGAGUUCUCACACGGACUCAGCACAUGCAAAUACCCGUAACCCCAGUGGUGGCCAUGGAAGCCCAAAGAGAUUGUUUCCUAGUUUUGAGAGUGCGUGUGUACAUGUGAGCAAAUGUAUGUGUAUGUUUCUCUGCAGCAACUGAUAAAAUUGUAACAUUUAAAGCACAACCUGUAUUUCUUUAUAACCCUCUGUCAAACUGAGGGUUACAGAGUUAUGUAUUUGUUUGUGUUUUUAUAGCUUUGAAAGUGUAAUGUUUCACUUUGUGUUUUAGACAUUUCAUGCUGGGGAUUUUUUCUGCUACCUCACCCGGUUUAUGGGGGAAAUUAAAUAUUAAGAUUAAAAUGUUCAUUUCUCACUAGAUAUUUAAGACAAUGCUGCUUUUAAAAGCUUUAAAUGUAUUUACACAGUUUUUAUUUGUACU